AUGAGCGAAGAUGCCCGUGCCAGCAGCCAUGCGCAAGCACCUUUCCGUGGUGACUGGGAGGCGCUGCAUAACCCCAAUGUCCGGCGUGUUUUAAUUUUCUGCUUUGCCAACGGGGCGUGUUUCUCACUGUGGCUCUCACAGGUGUUUCAGGUCCUUAUCAGCCGCACCUUUGGUGAUACCACCGUCGGUUGGUUGUCGGCUACCUCUUGUACGGCGCAGGUGGUGGGGGCAGUCAUUGCUGGCCUUUCCGAUGAAUUGCCGCGGCAGACGAUUAUUCGGCUUGGCGCAUUCAGCGGCAUUACGGCUGCAGCGCUCUCCAUUUAUGCCUUAUCUGUGCUUCAGGUACACAUCUUCUUUUUUGCCUUCGUUCUGUGGGGAAUGUUCUCUGGGAUGGUCUCCACGGGAGUCGAGGUGCUGUUUGCUGACAGCGUAGAAACUGGCCGGCGUGACUUUGUGUACAAUCUGAAGUGGGCCAACCAGACAUUGUGUGACUGCAUUGGUUCCGCCACUUCCCUUUUGAUGCUGGUUAAACUCGGCAAUGAGUGGAAGUUGAGUAGCAUGAAGGUUCUUGUUUACACGGGUGUCUCGUUGCAUCCUAUCGCCCAAUUGUUACUCUUCACGCUGAAGGACAAGUAUGUGUUGGAUGAAAGUACGGGUGGCCACGUGCCGCAGUGUGCCGUUGUUGUCGAAGACACAGAUGCCCCAGAUCUUACUACGAAACCGAAAUUAUUACCCGAGGCGAGCGAAUCAAUUAUGGAUUCCAAAGAAAGUUUGGAGUCACUGAGGCAGCCCCUUGUAAGCGAAAACGGGAUGAAGAGCGAGGCCCUGUCGUCAGUUCCUGUGAUGUCAAGGAGUGUGGCAUCGGCUGGGGCUGUGGUAUUGCAGCAUGAGGCCGUCAUUGCUCAGCUAACAAUGCGGAGUGCGCAAAAAUAUCACGAGUAUAUGGAGGCUCAGGAAAGGCGAAACCCUGCGGCACGACUGGUGGCAGCGGUGUGGCACCAUGCAAAUAAGUUGUGUGAGUGGUCGACCGUGCCAUAUUUGCUGUGUCUCUGUGAUUUUUUUCUGGUUUUUGGUUCUGGCAUGACGAUGCGAUAUAUCCCGCUUUUCUUCGUGAACGAUUAUCAUAUGACGCCAGUUCUUCUUCUGAGUGCAUCCAUUGUCUCCUCCAUCACCACCGCCACGUUAUCGUUCCUGGUUCGGUAUAUGGGUGAGCGUUUUGUUAGUCGUGUUGCUGCCGUGUUUUCUGCACGUUUUAUAGGGGCGACGUUACUCCUGUUGAUGGGGGUAACACAUCUCCAUCUGUCCAUUUUGGUCCCAAUUUUUGUCCUUCGCAAUGCACUGAUGAGUUGCACCAUUGGCGUCUCCCGCAGCGUCAUCAUGGACUGCGUGCCAAAGUCCAGUCGUGCCAAAUGGUCCGCCUUUGAGAGCUUUGCAUCCUUCAUAUGGGCAGGGAGCGCUGUGAUUGGCGGAUACAUUGCCGGCGCCAAAGGCUACCAGUUUACGUUUCUCAUCACAUCCAUGCUCCACUACGUUGGUAUAUGUGUACUCGUCCCGGCGAUGUACGGUGUCCGCGAGGUGGAGCGGGCCAAGCGAGCGCGUUGGCGGAAUGAAAAAGCCGAAGAAAAGGAGCGGAAGAAAUCCUUACGUCGUCUGAGGUCCACUGGCACUGCCUCGUUGUUGGCUGCAGCGGAAGGAUGUGAAGAAAAGGAUCAGUUACUGGGGAGAGACCGUGCAUCACUGCAGUGA